AUGUACGGAUAUGCCCAUAUCCAGGCGAUGCAUCAAAUAGCUUCUAAUAGAUCGAUUAAUCAAAUCCAUCUAAUAUGGUCCAAAACGGCCUUUUUGAGACUACCGCGACUCUACGCACACGGGCAAACUCAGCUUGCUGAUCUAUAUUUAACCCAUUUCUACUGGAUUGAAGCUCGUAAGCUUUUCGGCGUCUUAGAGAGUGAACGUGGUGUGCACAACACGCACAUAAAUGAAACGGAGCGUAAAUAUCGCCUAAAUCUCGUAGAAAAUUCCAUGGACGGGUAG